UCCUAUCUCUUCCCCAGUACACGACCCCAGAACAUAAAUAUAGCUUCAUUAUUUUCUCGUCUUCAUCCUGAUAAAUAAUCACCAGCGCUGCUGCUUUUGGUCCUAUAAACUCAUUAGGGUGUGGAAUAUGAGCAAUGAAGUAAAGGCAGAGGAGACAGAAGGUGUUCAGGAGACUGAGAUGGAGGAAACUUUAAAACAAGAAGAACAGCAAGAGGAAGAGGAGGAAGAGGAGGAUGAGGAGGCACUGCCUCACUCUGAGGUUUUGGAUAUUUUUGAAGAAGGUUUGGCUCUGAUAGUACAAGACCCUUUAUUAUGUGAUCUACCGAUUCAGGUCACAUUGGAGGAGGUGAAUUCUCAGGUAGCUCUGGAGUAUGGCCAGGCCAUGACUGUGCGUGUAUGUAAAGCUGAUGGAGAGAUCAUGCCGAUCGUGGUGGUGCAGUCUGCUACUGUGCUGGAUCUGAAGAAGGCAAUUCGACGUUACUUUGAACUGAAGCAGCAGCGUGAGGGAGGCAUCAAGCACAUCAGCUGGAGGUACGUGUGGCGAACCUUUCACUUGGUCUUUAACGGAGAAAGGUUGGAGGAAGACAGAAAGAAACUGAAAGACUACGGAAUCAGGAACAGAGACGAAGUGACUUUCAUGAAGAAACUGAGGAGGAAAUGAUCACGCUGUUUUAGAUUCUGCAGCCGAUGCGAAAGCUUCUCCUUAUCUAGGAGUUCACACACUGGCAUUUGACCACAUCUUUUAAAUAUUAGGAGCUUGUUCCUGGUGCCGUGGUAUAAAAUUUCCCAGUGGAACACUUCCUCACCCCCUGCUCUGCUCCGACACGGCCGCCUUCCAUCACGAGCUGCAUUUAAAGCAGAAUUACAUUUCAAACACAUUUCUGUUUUCUUUUUGGACUGUUAAAUGUGAAGCUUUUCAGGAUCCGUCGAAUCAUUUUAAAGCACUUUUGCAGCCUCUGAGGUUGAGAUGUAUAUUUUUAUGUACAUAGUUGUUUUUUUUUUAUUGCAUGUAUAUUAAACUAUCUUGUUUGGGUGUA